GGCGUGCGGCGUGGACAUGGGAUCUCCAAGCGUCCAGCUCCUGGCCAUGCUCCUUGUCCUGGGGCUGUGUGCCCUGGCGGGGGCCCAGAAACCUUCCCCCUGCCGGUGCUCUCGGAUCACAGUGGAAAACAGGAAGAACUGCGGCUUCCCGGGCAUCACCCCUGACACGUGCUUCAGCAUGGGCUGCUGCUUCGACUCCAAGGUCCCCAAUGUCCCCUGGUGUUUCCACCCACUCCCGAAGCAAGAGUCGGAGCAGUGUGUGAUGGAAGUGUCAACCCGGAGGGACUGCGGGUACCCGGGCAUCAGCCCCAAGGAAUGUGCAUCUCGAAAGUGCUGUUUUUCCGACAACAUCGUCGACGUGCCCUGGUGUUUCUUCCCUAUCCUCGUGGAAGAUUGCCAUUAUUAGGAGGAGUCCCUUCCGAGAACCCACCAGGCUCCCCGGGUGUUUGGAAAUGAAG